AAAUAAGUUUGAUUUGCUGAACAUUACAAAGCCAGAAAAUGAAUCUGGACUAAUAUUGAUGUAGGUGACUGCAUCACCUACAUCACUGCAUCUCUGCUCUGUCUCUUUAACCAGCAGGCUCGCUGUAACACUGGUCCCUCCCAUUCUUGCAGCUCUCCAGUGUUGCUGGCCUGAGAUGGGAGCGCACACAGCGGCAUCAUCGCGGCCGAAGAAACGGGAUAAACCUGGGAAAACAUAAAAAGGAUUAAAAAAAACACUACGUACUUGCCGUGGGAAAAAAUGGGGCAACGAAACAAUCCAUUUACUUAUAUCGGACCCUACCAGUUUGGUCGCGUCCUCUGAGCAAACUCAGAUGUUGUCGUCGCUUGUCUUUUGCGCUUUUUAUCCAUUCUCCUUGAGCGCCGCUGAUACAAAGGCGCUCGGUCCGGAGCAGCACCUGGGAUUACUGCCAUAUGAAUGGGCAAGAGUGAGCGGACCUGCCGUCGCUGACAAACCCGGGCUGCCAUUCAGAGACAGUGAGUAAGUCUAGCGGGAUAAAAAGCACUUUUUUUUUCUUUUUACCUCCGUGGGAGCCAGAUCACUCGUGUCACCCCGCGAAGACAGAUGCUGUCAUUUUGUCGCGGCUGAGAUAAAAAAAAAAAUCAUCUUCUUAAAGUGGCCUUUUCUGGAAUAAUGCAUGAGAAAGACGAGCUCUGCUUAAGCUUUUUAAUCGUUUUCAUGCCCCACACAUUCCAAGCUAUUCCUCUGACUGAACAGCUGGUUUCUCUUGUUCAGAAUGGGAUGUAUUGUUGCAUUUGCGCACCCCACGGCAAGUGUCAGCAAUUCGACUGUGUGUUUCUGAACGGGUUGCCUAAAGGGCUGUUAUAAACACUGUGCUGCUUUCUAACUGUAGGUGGCCAUUGUUGUCGAUAAGGAUUCUUAGACAAACUGGACUAAAAAAGGAUAAGCGGCGCGCCCUUGGCAUCAUUCACCUAGUGUGUUUGAACCAGGGUCUGUCAAAGAAAUAAAUUAGGCAUAUUAUGGUGGAACCGGUGGGUUUCAUCGAAGCGUGGAAGGCGCAAUUCCCAGAGUCGGAGCCCCCCAAGAUGGAGCUGCGGUCUGUCGGCGGUAUCGAGCAGGAGCUGGAGAAAUGCAAAGCGUCCAUCAGGCGCCUGGAGCAGGAGGUCAACAAGGAGCGCUUCCGCAUGAUCUACCUGCAGACCCUCCUCGCCAAGGAGAGGAAGAGUUAUGACAAGCAACGCUGGGGCUUCAGGAAGACACCACUGAACGAGGGGGUGGACUCGGCCACACAGGGCGCAGAGUCCCAGUCCCAGCAGCCGCACAUGCAGGAGACUGGUGGAGUUGGAGUAGUUGUAGGAGGCGGCUAUGGUGGCUGUAGCGGUGGCGCUGGUGAUAGGAGUCGUUAUCAGCCUCUUGGAGAUGGAGCUGGCAGGUCCAAACCCAGGCCUCCACCAGCCAGGAAGUCCGCCUCCCAUGGAGAUGGCCUGGAGUCAGCCUUUGAGGUACCCCAGCAGGCUGAGUCAACGUCCUGUGACAACCUAGACGGCCUCUCACCGUCCAAGCAGAGAGGCGGCAUCUCUGUCUCCCCCCGCAGGCCCAACCUUCCGCCCCCUGACAAGGAACUGCCCUCUGACCCUAAGGACAAGCUGGGGAUGGGACUUGGCGUGGCAGCUCUAAGGUCCAACUUUGAGAGGAUCAAACGGGCCAACUCUCACUCGGCGGGUGAUGUAGCGAAGGGCCAGGAGAAGCAGCUGCCGCCGCCACCACCCCCCUUCUACUCCAACAUGGAAUUCCACCACGAGCGGGGUCUGGUCAGGGUCAACGACCGUGACGUCUCUGACAAGAUCAGCACCCUGGGCAGCCAGGCCAUGCAGAUGGAGCGAAAGAGAUCCCUUCACUCUCUUCCAGGUAACCUGGCAACGGUGGCAGGGGAGCUCCGCACCAGGCCAGUGUACAGAGGCCGGUCCACUGAGAGCACCUGCGGCUAUGAUGCAGAAUAUGAAGACGGGGAACCCAACCAGCGACAUUCAGGGAGGGCCAAUGGUGGCAAACCUCCACCCCCUCCUUGGCAGCCCUCUGAGUUCCAGGCCUACUCCAGUGUCUAUGUCGGUGGGGUGAUGAUGGGUGAAGGUGGCGGUGGAGACGGGAGAGGUGGUGGUGGAGGUGGUAGUGGAGUCACAAUGAGAGACCUCGGGGGAGGUGAUGACCACCUCCUGACCUGGCCACGCCGUUCCUACUCCCCAGGGAGCUUUGAGGACGUCGGCGGAGGCGGUGGCUACACGCCCGACUGCAGCUCCAACGAAAACCUGACCUCCAGCGAGGAGGACUUCUCCUCAGGCCAGUCCAGCCACGUCUCACCGAGUCCCACCACGGCUUUCCGCCGACCCUUUAGAGAGAAGAGCCGCUCGCCAUCCCAAAACUCCCAGAACUCCCAGCACUCCUUUGACAGCAGCAGCCCUCCGACGCCACAGUCCCAGAAGCGUCACCACCGGCAGCAGGGAGGCCACGUGGUCAUGUCUGAGGCCACUAUUGUGAGCGUUCGCAAAACUGGUCAGAUCUGGCCACCUGCUGCCCACCACGACCUUGUGCCCCAUGGUAGAACAUCCCACGACAACAGUUUCCAUGCAGACCACCUAGAUGGUCAUUUCACCGGGACCCCUCCCUCAUACGGCUACGAUGCAGACCGCGCAGAGGAGCAACGGAGGCACCACGACAUCCUGCCGUACAUCGAUGACUCGCCGUCGUCUUCACCGCACCUCAGCUCCAAGAGCCGCAGCAGUCGUGACACCCUCUCUUCUGGAUCAUUAGAGUCCUCCAAGUCGAAUGAAUGUGACCUGGAAAAAGGCUUGGAGAUGAGGAAGUGGGUCCUGUCUGGGAUCUUGGCCACUGAGGAAACAUACCUCAGUCACCUGGAGGCACUGCUGCUGCCUAUGAAGCCUCUGAAGGCUGCAGCUACGACGUCGCAGCCUGUGCUGACUGUGGCCCAGAUAGAAACGAUCUUCUUCAAAGUGCCUGAGCUCUAUGAGAUCCACAGGGAGUUCUACGAUGGACUUUUGCCCCGUGUCCAGCAGUGGAGCCACCACCAGAGAGUUGGGGACCUCUUCCAGAAACUGGCCAGCCAGCUGGGAGUUUACAGAGCAUUUGUGGACAACUAUGAGAUGGCUGUGGAGACGGCAGAGAAAUGCUGCCAGGCUAACACACAAUUUGCUGAAAUCUCUGAGAACCUGAAGGUGAGGAGCCCCAAGGACUCUAAGGACCAGAUGGCCAAGAACUCUCUAGAGGCUUUGCUAUAUAAACCAGUGGACAGAGUGACUCGCAGCACAUUGGUGCUUCAUGACUUGCUCAAACACACGCCUACUAGCCACCCGGACCACCCGCUUCUACAGGACGCCUUGCGGAUCUCCCAGAAUUUCCUGUCCAGUAUCAACGAGGAGACGACGCCCCGACGCCAGUCUAUGACUGUCAAGAAGGGAGAGAGCCGCCAGCUUCUGAGGGACAGUUUCAUGGUGGAGUUGGUGGAGGGAGCCAGGAAGCUGCGGCAUGUCUUCCUCUUCACUGAUCUGCUGCUCUGCGCCAAGCUGAAGAAACAGAUAGGAGGUAAAAACCAACAAUAUGAUAGUAAGUGGUACAUCCCACUGACUGAGCUGACCUUCCAAGGCCCCGAGGAGACCGAGCCACUUACCAUCCCCCAGGUCCCAGAUGAAGAGCUCGACGCCAUGAAGGUCAAGAUCUCACACCUCCGCAGCGAGAUCCAGAGGGAGAAGAGAGCCAACAAGGGUUCAAAAGUCAUCGACCGUCUCAGGAAGAAGCUGUCUGAGCAGGAGUCUCUGCUCCUGUUAACAUCUCCCAGCAUGCCCCUCAGAGUCUACAACAAGAACGGCAAGAGUUACAGUUUCCUGAUUUCAUCUGACUAUGAACGUGCAGAGUGGAGGGAGGUCAUCAAGGAACAGCAGAAGAAAUGUUUGAAAACGUCCUCCUUGACUUCCAUGGAGCUGCAAAUGUUGACCAGCUCCUGUGUCAAACUGCAGACUGUCCACCACAUUCCACUUAGCAUCAAUAAAGAAGAGGAUGAAUCCCCCGGUCUCAACGGGUUCCUGAAUGUAAUCGUCCACUCUGCCUCCGGCCUCAAACAGAGCUUGAAUCUCUACUGCACAUUGGAGGUGGAUUCCUUUGGCUUCUUUUCAAGUAAAGCUAAGACGAGAGUGUAUCGAUACACUACAGAACCCAAAUGGAACGAGGAAUUUGAAAUUGAUCUGGAGGGCUCUCAGACCCUGAGGCUGCUCUGCUACGAGAAGAGUUACAACAAAACCAAGCAGAACAAAGAGGAUGGAGAGAGCACUGACCGCAUCAUGGGAAAAGGACAGAUCCCGCUUGACCCUCAUACUCUCCAAGGCAAAGACUGGCAGAGAACAGUUAUUCCCAUGAACGGGAUCGAGGUCAAACUUUCCAUGAAGUUCACCAGCCGAGAGUUCAGCCUGAAGAGGAUGCCCUCGCGGAAACCCAUGGGCGUGUUUGGGGUCAAGAUCUCUACAGUGACCAAGCGAGAACGCUCCAAGGUGCCCUAUAUUGUCCGGCAGUGCCUAGAAGAGAUUGAAAGGAGGGGUAUGGAGGAGGUGGGCAUCUACCGAGUAUCGGGAGUCGCCACUGACAUUCAGGCCUUGAAGACCGCCUUUGACACCAAUCAUAAAGAUGUGUCGGUGAUGAUGAGUGAGAUGGACGUCAAUGCCAUCGCUGGGACCUUGAAGUUGUACUUCAGAGAGCUGCCAGAACCACUCUUCACUGAUGAGCUCUACCCCAAUUUUGCAGGUGGCAUCACGCUCUCUGAUAGUGUUGCCAAAGAGAGCUGUAUGUUGAACUUAUUGCUGUCGCUGCCAGAACCUAACUUGGUCACAUUCCUUUUCCUUUUGGAUCACCUGAAGAGGGUGGCAGAGAAGGAAAGUAUCAACAAGAUGUCUCUCCACAACCUGGCAACGGUGUUUGGGCCGACCUUGCUGAGGCCUUCCGAGAAGGACAGCAAGAUUCCCGCCAACCCCACCCAACCCAUCAGCAUGGGGGACAGCUGGUCCCUGGAAGUUAUGGCCCAGGUCCAGGUGUUGCUGUAUUUCCUCCAGCUGGAGACGAUCCCCACCCCAGACAGUAAACGACAGAGCAUCCUCUUCUCCACUGAAGUAUAGAGCUAACAUUGACUCUGCUGGCGUGAGACUUUGACCAUGAAGGAGUGAAAAAUACACGGACCAUGGCUCAAAGUGAGCCUAUAGUAGUAUGUUUUUGAAUUGACUGACCAGAUUCCGAAGGAUUGUCUCUGGCAAUGCCUGCGACCCAUGAAACACAAGAGGGCGCCAUUGGGCCGCUGGCGCUCAGAGGAUGCGAGGUCUUUGCCAUUCAUAUCUCUCAUUACCUGAUAUUUAGUGUGAUUCCUUGUACCUUCAGUGAUGGUGUGGGUACAUCUACCAUCUACAUGUCUCCUCCUUGCCCUUUGUUGGUCUUAACAAAUUCAACCUUUACAGCUUGUAGACAGUAUGGUUCAUAAAUCAAGAAAUUGUCACAAUCAGUCCAUAAGAGAACAGGAUAGGUUCAUUCUUGAAUUAGUUUGCCAACAAAUCAGAAUUGCGGUGUAUCUUUUCUGUUUGGGCAUUGUUUCUCCGUCUGUGUUUAUUCUGGACAAUCAUCAGCUCGAGACUCCAGCGAAAUAUGUUUAUCAAUCUCAACACAUUGCUUCAUGACCUGCUGAGGAAAAUUCUAACUGUUUCUUACAUAAUCUCAGCACAUUGAGAAGACCAGGAUACAUUUGUGCUGUUUGUGGGAGAUAAAAAUUUCAAGCUGCCACGAUACUGGCUUUUUUUUGUUUGUGUCAGGAAGCCAUGUGUUUACAACGUAUACAACCCCCCUGUUGGAAUCAGAGACAAACUCUACAGCUCAAAGAGGGAGUGUAAGAAAAAAAAAAAGGAACCCGAUGAUUAGUAAUACACUGCAAUCUGACUGCCUGCGGUUUUUCCGAUCAUAACAGCAAAUUUCCUCUUUUAUUUGUGUUGUUUGUUUCUCAAGGUAGUCUUCAGCUUAAAUAUCCAGGAAGCAAUAUAUUUUCUAAAAUAGGAAUUGUCUGUGUUCAUGUCUUUGCUGAUGACACGUCCUUCUUACUGUUAUAUAGGACGUCUUGCCAAAUUAAUGUCAUUUGUUUGUAGGAGAAAAGGAAGCAGUUGUAUUUGCAGAUACAGUAUGUACAUAAUCUUAAAGUUUAAUUUUUUUGUUUCUUUUGGUUUAACAGUAUAAUCAUUGUUGCUAUUAUUGUAAUUUAUUUUGGGGGCCUGGGGGGAGGAAUCAGUUUGUUUUUCUAUGUGAACUUUUUUUCUGUUUGAUUAAGAAAGUGGUAGGUCUUAGCCUUGAUUUCGAGUCUUGCAGUAAAUAAGCAGGAUUUAGCCUUGUUCUUAGAGAAACUACUCAGCUGUUCCAUUCGGCCAUGUCAAUUAUUCAUUUAGGUUAUUAUUAUGAAGGUAACACACACAUUGUAGUUACAUUACUGUAUGCUGCUGUGGAAAAGGCACAAGCUCUUUAACUGCUGGGUGUUCCUCAGCACAACGUCCCACAUCCAGACACUAACGCCUGUCUAGUGUAGACAUUAUGCAAUGUCAUAAUACAGCACACACACACACACACACACACAUAUGACGUUGUCUCUAUUUGUACCAUUAAAUCUGUGGCUGCAGAAGUGCACUCAUGCAAUGUUAGAACUACUAUACUACAAAUCAAGUGACCUGAGCACUCAGCAUAUAUGUCUACAGCAUAUAAGUUGGUUUUAAUGAAGGAAUAAUAUUUUGUUUAACUUUUUUUUAUCUCAUUGCGUAUGGCAAAAUGUCCCAAUAAGUCUUUGUCCCUUUAACUGUUCUUUAUCCCAUUAAGCCUAAAGGUGUCCAACUCAAUGGCCGAUUUAAAGGAAAGCUCUUAAGAUAUUUUGUUGAUACUCGUUUUAAUUUCUAUGUCCUUAAUUUAACAUGCAGGCAUGUUUUAUUGACUUUGAUUUCCCUUUUUCCCCUUUUGUUUGUUCCCUUGUUAUUACUGUCUUGUUCACAAAUGUGUCAUAGACUUUGGGAUGUUGGUAACUCGUGUGUAUCUGGUUUACAUUAUUACAGCAUGUCCUUUUCUGGCCAAUUUAAAGGAUAGGUCCCAGUUUUUUAAGUCUGUCUCAAAUCACUAUUCAGGUUCCCAUGUGAACAUUGAAAUAUGUUUUGCUUGCCGUAAUCAUUCACUCAUGUUCAUACAGGCCAAAAGAUCCCUUCCUGAGCUUCCACUGGAAGGGAUUUGGCUCAAAUCCACAGUCCUUGCUCUAUGAGAAAAAAGACCCAAAGUUUAACUGAAGUUAAUAUUAAGGCUUCAGCAAUCCGAGUUUAUCAGAUCAAGAGGUUAUCCUCAAAAGUUACAAUCCUUUUAGGACAAAAUUUCCUCUUAUUUAAAACCCCUUCACCACAGCUCUUUGCACAGAAUUAGGACUUUUUGUCCCCAUUGCUUACAUUGAAAGUGCUUCAGGAAGGGACCUUUUAUGAAGCCAGUAUGAACAGUAUGAUGAUUACAACAAGCGAAACUUGUGUCAUUGUUCAAAUGGGCACCUGACUAUCCUUUAUGAGUAAAUAAAAAGGUUGGUUUCCCACACAUAUUUUGGGCAUAAAACUUUGUCUUAUUGACCGAGUUAAUGGAUGUGAUAAGGGCUUGUGUGUGGUUGUGUCCAUGGUUAGGAUAAUGCAGAGGGGGCAUAUAUGAGUAAAUGUUAUUAACAUAAAUGUCUUUAGACUUUAAAAGUAAGAGCAGUCUUUUCUUUCAUAUACAUAUCGACUUUCUAACAUGUUAAGCCAUUUACACUCGCUUUGCACAUGAUAAUAUAGAUAAAACAAAAUCAUUGUGUCAACCACAUAAAUAAUAAUGUUUGAGAUUUGAUUUGGAAAGUGUUCAUGCCUUCACUUUUCUUUUACUGCCAUUAUGUAAUUCCACUAAUCCUGGCCUACUGUAGCAUGCACACAUUGUUUCAUCAUCUGUAUUUUAGGAUGAGAUGGGAAAUGAAUCCUCCAUUAAUUUAUUCAUUCGUUCAUCCGUGGACUUAUAAUAUAACAAGUCCCGAUUGCCUACACUACUCUACCCUAUUGUGCCUCGACACUUUUUUUUGUUUAGCGCCUGUCGUACUCUAAACAUCAGCGGAAACGCUGACAGUGGAAGCGUUGUUCCGUCUCCUGUUGCCUUUGCUGAGGACAGCCACACACCUUUUAUCUCUUGAAGACUAAGACAGGACCUAAAAUUAAGAUGGUCUUAGCUCAUAUUGUACAUGCCCGUUGUACUUGCCACCUUCAUCUGACUGCUGUAAUUCCAACCGUAAAGGCAGUCUUAAUAGGGCAAAGGACAGAAUUUCUUGCCCAUGUCUAUAUUUUAGUUCUUAAAGUUUCAGCUCCUUAACUUGCCUUUUUAUUCUUAUUUAUUUAUGCUUUGCCCCUGUUUUGGUAUAAGAGGGGCUACUGGAGCUAUUUAUUCAUGAUAUAAUAUCAUCUUGAGCUAAAUUAAUGUUUAAAAAUUGUCUUUAUAUGGUGUGCUUUCUUUGGGAAAAUGUAAGUCUUAUGUUACAGUCUGUUUAUCGAACAUCCUGUCAAAGUUACAACUGUUUGUUACUAUUUUGUCCCAGAAUCACAACCACUGUGUAUGACAUCUUUUAACCCCUUACUCCUGCAUUGUUGGCUCAUCUCUGUAGUUACUUGUGUUGUACAACAGACUGGCCACUGUGAUUGUUUAGCUAUCUGAUUAACGGAAUAACAGGUGCAGGUUCUUGUCCAUUGAAAAGGUAGAUUUUGUGAGUUUACGUAACUCAGACUUCUCUUACUUGUGUAUAAUAUGUAUUAUACUAGAGAGUACAUUAUUUGGUUUCCGUUUAAUUUAUUGUGGCAUCGCCUGACAUAUGAUCGUUAAGGACUGAGCUGGCACACCUCUAGUCUCAUUGAAAAAAUGCCAAGCUGUCAUUAAGUGGUAGAGGAGAAAAUAGUCUUAUAUUGCUCUCAAAUCUGCAUUGUUUUGUCUGUUCAUUGUGUAACUGCAUGUACCCUCCAUAACCUCACUCCCUUAGAUCUGUACAUCAACAAGUAAAUACAACAAAAAAGGUUUAGUUUUUGUGGAAUAGCCUGGAGAUAUGGAACAUAUUGCUCUAUAUGAAAGUUACAAAUCUCUACAUUUCCAUACUGAUACUUCCAAAUGACCCUCUGCCGCCACUUCUAUGACAUCAUUAGACUACUUUAACCUUUGGGAAAAAUGCUAGUUUUGUUUUGUUCCACCUGUGACGGAAAGCUGAGGAUGAGACUUGCUGACCAACCACGAACACUUCACUUUUUACCUUCCUCAAUUUUUUGACUCUUAUUGUUCCUGUUCAAUAUUCAGUGUUCUGCUUGUAGAACUGUAAAAAGGAAUACUGUAUUCUGAGGGCAAACAUGUUUGGAAGGCAUUUGCAGCCUAUGUUUGUACACAAAAAUGUUAAAUAAAAUCUCCUUGUAUCUA